AUGGGCAGUGUCGAUGGCAAAUACAUCCGCUGGCAAGUGAAGGUCAACUUCUACGAAGUUGCCCUUACUGAAAUUCAGAUGCUGCUCCAACAGCUGGAUAAUCUGGCACCAAUAUACGCUAGCAAGUUCAGACAACUCAUCCUCUCGUUAGUCGAACGUUUUGGUCCACUCUCCAUUGCCACCCACGAGCUGUUGGCCAAUUCCCUUAAAUGCCUCGCCGCCGCUGUUAAAAAAUCAAACGCUUCGGAUGUGGCGGGGAAAUUAUUCAGCACUUCCGUACUUCCUUCAGUUGACCGUCAGUUGCCAUCCGUUGUUACCGGCAGUGAAAUCUUGCCUGGCGUGAUUGGCACCGUAUUGGCCGGAGUUGAGUGUUCCCAAGGAUAUUACCCUUUGACUGCCGCCUUCGUGAAAUUAACCUCGGCUUUCAUCCAGGCGGAUUUGACAGAUGAGAGAGUUGCUGUGCCUUGCAAUUUGUUCAUUCUCCGAGAAGUUCUACCAUUCUUGCUGACUAGACAAUAUGUCAGUUUAGGACAACGAGACUUGAUGAUUGGCAUCUCACUCAACUGGCUCCAUCUCCUCUUGCAAACGGAUUCGUCGAAUCAGGUGCGCCAGAUGUGCGCCCACAUCUUGCUGGAUUCACCGAGAGGAGAGGCGGAAAGCGUUGUGACGAUAGCGGCGUUUGGUUCAGCGCUGGCCGAAAUGCAGUUGAUUAAGCAAACGGAUUGGGAAGACCGUGAAGGACACGGACAGGUACUACUACGCCACAUUCGCCUGUCACUCUCCAUUCUCAACGUGCUACUCAACGAUCGUGAAGCCGCUGGAAGGAUGUCGCCUUUAGAGACCCUACUAUCUAGCCCAAGUAGCGCUGGACAACACUUUACCACCGUAUUAGCUCAUUACAUCUUUUACCGCUUUGACCUGCGAUUGGCCACACUAGCACUGAAAGUGUUAAAAUCAUGCGCUAAUCGCUGGAAAAACGUCUCUUUGCUGGCCUGCCUUGGGCAUGAUGCCUCCCUCAUACGCAAUACUUGGCUGGAUUCCCUCGAAUCGAAUUUGGAAGAUGCCGGACUAAUACGCAACAUUCUCCGCUUGAUGACCGACUCUGUUGCCUCCCAACCAGGAUUGAUGCAUAUGUUGGUCAACGGGGAUGACCGGUGCUUUAGAGCCGUCACUCGCCUUUUGUUGGAGUCGAAGGAAUUAGAAGCUUUAGAACUUGUACACCAAUUCUGGUUUCAGCGAUGCUCCCCGGCUAUCGAGUACUUCAAGGAACAACCGAAUUUCUGGCCACAACUUUGUCUACCCCUCCUUACUUCCGAUAAGGAUCCGGAAUUGAAGCGGAUAGCCCUUCUUUUCCAAAUUUUGGCUAUUGAACUCUACAACACGUGUGGAAAGAAAGUUAAUGCUGAAUUGCAGACGGUCCUCAAUCAACUGCCCUCCCAUUUGACAGAUUGGUCUGAUUUGGUGCUUAACAGUUUACCUUCGUCUUCAUCACCUGCCGGAAAAGAUAAAACGAGCUUGGAUUUUCUCUUAUCUGGAUGGUCGGACUUUCUAGUAAUGCUUGCCCAUUACGGCCCAGCAACCGAAGUUGGUACUCGUGCCAAAAUCUCCACUGAUGUACUCGAGUCCCUUACUGGACGGGCCGAGAGCGGCCACCAUUCUCCCCUGUUAGGUAAAUUAGCCGAAUUGAACUGGAUGCUGCAGUUAGUUGAGAAGAAAAGCAACAGUCAAAUGCUAUCUGGACUUGGCCGACUGUUGGUCGUUGUAGCUGAAAAAGAAUUAACCUCGUUUCCAGCUCGAUUUCAAGUGGCCGUUUUGACGAGUGCCGUCUCCGCCUUACGUUUGCGAAGUGAAACCGAUACCGACAAAGAAUUAUCUACGUGGAUGCGCUGUGUCUCUUUGUGUUCAAUCAUAGCUACCUGUAUUACAGCCUUGUGCCUAUCUCUGUUAACCGAAUUGCUCCCGGCUGCCCAAGACUUGUCCGCCAUGCAAGAGACGUUUCUGCUCCAGUCGUUAAUAUCUACCAUCCAGUUUUGCAUACAUCAUCGACGGGGCUGGGAAGUGGCCGAAACUGCUUUGGCAGUCCUUCUCGACGGGGCUAGAACAGACACUGGCAGUGCAGUCUUGACACAGCUUCAACUGGAUCAAACUCUUUGGCUGCCGUUAGAAGCCAUUUACGAAGCUCAACCUACCGUGUACCGAUUAGGAUUGCAAUUGUGCACCACUGUGUUAGGUCGACAACGGCAUUUUUUUCUUGAGCAAGCGCUGACAUUGGCUGGUGUCCACCAACAGCCCAUCACAAACAUACUACUAAAACUUCGCCAUCAGAGUAAAGACGAUCUUCUCCUCGCCAUCGAUGUCAUGGCGCUACUUCGACAGUUGUCUGUUUUCCAGCAAACUUGGCGGUUGCAGCAUUCCGGUUCCAUGCAGGGAGUUUUACAAGCUGCUUCUUCAGCUGUUUACUAUGGCAUCGCCCACUUAAUCCGAGCUGGAUCCCUCAGUCCUAUAAUGGGCACUAGUUUUGUCGAUGGGAAAGACAGUGAAGCAACUCAACCUUCUCCUGCUGUCAUGGAAUUGCAAUCCCAACUCUUGGAAUUAGUUUCUCAAGGAUUGGCCAUGCUCAACUGCUACAAUCCCCCACUUGCUGCCCUUUUGACAGAAGACGGGAUCGACGUAGCGAAAUGGGAACGACAUUUAAGUCCUAGCUUCAGCACGCCAUCGUUGGAUCAUCUUGAGGCUUCUCCCUCACUGAGCUUUGGCACCCUAAAUGCUGUUGCUUCUCAUACCUUAAGGAUACUAUCCAAACCGGAUCAACAGCCGAAUCAGCGAAAUCAUUUAACUAUGGUUCUGGAACAGUCGUUGUCACUCCUCCUAUCACAAGCUCUGUUGUACAUCCUGGACCCACGACUCUGCGCUCAAGAAAAACAAUUACUUAAACGAGAGCUUGGUGCCGAGCUGGGCAGUUUUGUUGAAUCUAUAAGAAGGCAAGCGCAAAGAGGUCCCUUUCUCCCUUCCCCAGCUGUCGCCUCUACCACCCCUCGACCAGUUUCGUCAACGGUUCAUCAGAGUUUUCUUAAACUAGUUGGGCAUAUCGUUCAGCGAAUCUUUAAAUAA